AAGUCACAGUUCUGAGAGGCCUGGGGGAAAACCCUCCCAGCAGGAAUCCCAGGGUGCCAGGAAAUCCUGCCAAGGCCACACCCCACCCCGGGCCAAUAAAUGUGCAGAGUCAUCCUGGCCCUGGCACCUGGGCAGCUGACAGAGGCCCAAGGAUCAACGGAGGCUUUUGCAACCAUUUGUACAGGGGGGGAAGCCCAAAGUGUUUGGCUUGAGGGGGAUAGAGGAAGUCAGAGAGAGACAGACAGAGGGAGACAGAGACACGGAGAGAGACAGAAACACACAGAGAGACAGGAGACAGAGAAGGAUAGGACUAGACAUGGCACCUCCAUGGGUCCCCGCAGUCGGUUUCACGCUGUUCCCGAGCAUUGGGGGAAUGCUGGGAUCCCGGGUCACAAGUCGGGAGGUUCCAACGUGGUACGCAACUCUGAAGAAGCCGUCGUGGCAUCCGCCCUACUGGUCGCUGGGUCCCGUCUGGGGAACGUUGUACACGGCUAUGGGGUAUGGCUCCUACCUGGUUUGGAAAGAGCUGGGGGGCUUUACAGAGAAGGCCCUGGUACCGCUGGGACUCUAUGCGGGGCAGCUGGCUCUCAACUGGGCCUGGCCACCCUUGUUCUUUGGUGCCCACCAGAUGGGCUGGGGCCUGGUGGAGAUCAUCCUGACCAGUGGGGCAGCAGUGGCCACCACUGUGUCCUGGUACCCAGUGAACCGCACGGCUGCCCGCCUCAUGUACCCUUACCUGGCCUGGAUGGUGAUGGCCACGACCCUCAAUUACUGCGUCUGGCGGGAUAACAAAGACAAGAAGCGUCACCCUCAUGCUGAAUAAAGGAGCUCUGGGGCUUCUGUUCCACACGGUCCCAGAACCGAGAUGGGUUCCGCUCAAGCUGACUCGAGGCUCUCAGUUGGAAGCCGCCUUCUUAAAGCGGGUCAGCUUGGCAAGGAAGCAAAACACAUUCCCUCUGCGGUGGGACAUCUCAUUUUAAAAUUCCCCACUGGUGUCUCCGGAUGUAGAAAAUGGGGCUGGCCAGUUUGGGCUCCCUCAGUGACCCUCGCGACAGCCCUUUUGUCUGUCAGCAAUAGGGCUAAGCCAAGCUUGGUCCACCAUUUUGCUCAUACUGUAGUGGCUCAUGCUGCAACUUUUAUAUGCAAUAAAUUUCUCAACAGCU